AGCAGGAAACGGGGCGGGGACUCGCGGAGGCGUUGGGGAGCGAGGGAGGGCGCGGCCAACUCCCGAAGGGACGGCAGGCCGAGACAGCGGCGCCCUGGUUUGGCGCCGAGCCUGAGCCCGCCGGACGGGAGGCGGCCCAGCCGCGGGCUCGGCCUCGGCCCCAGUCCCGCCAGCAUGGCCGGCCGGACCGUUCGGGCCGAGACCCGGAGCCGGGCCAAGGAUGACAUCAAGAAGGUGAUGGCGACCAUCGAGAAGGUCCGGAGAUGGGAGAAGCGCUGGGUGACUGUGGGCGACACUUCCCUUCGUAUCUUCAAGUGGGUGCCAGUGGUGGACCCCCAGGAGGAGGAGCGACGGAGGGCAGGUGGUGGGGGAGAGAGAUCCCGAGGCCGGGAGCGGCGGGGCAGGGGCGCCAGUCCCCGAGGGGGUGGCCCUCUCAUCCUGCUGGAUCUCAAUGAUGAGAACAGUAACCAGAGUUUCCAUUCGGAAGGCUCCCUGCAAAAGGGCACCGAACCCAGCCCUGGGGGCACCCCCCAGCCCAGCCGCCCUGUGUCACCUGCUGGACCACCGGAAGGGGUCCCAGAGGAUGCUCAGCCCCCACGGCUGGGCCAAGAGAGAGAUCCUGGAGCCGUAACUGCAGGCAGCACAGAUGAACCCCCAAUGCUGACCAAGGAGGAGCCUGUUCCCGAAUUGCUGGAGGCUGAGGAUUCGGGAGUGCGGAUGACCAGAAGAGCCCUCCACGAGAAAGGUCUGAAGACAGAGCCCCUCCGGAGGCUCCUGCCCAGAAGGGGUCUCCGGACAAACGCCCGGCCGGGUUCAGCGGUGCUGCCCGACGCCAGAGCUCCCGGAGGAGGAAGCAAGGCCCCGAGGGCACCCAGGACGAUUCCCCAGGGGAAGGGGAGGUGAGCCGGCUCCCCAGGCAAGGCGAGGCCCUCGGGUCUCUCUUGGCCGCCCCGAGAUCCAGCCACCCACCCGUGCCCCGAGGGUGGAAAAGAGCCUUCCCAGCCCUACAGCUACCGCAGGAACUUCGGGGGCGAGCCGCCGUUAUCUGCCUCGAACCUAAGGUCACAGCGCCCAUCUUGCUCGCCACGGACCCUCGUACAGUGAGCGGGCCCACGGGCACCCCAAGUGUGCAAAGGGCUUGGGCACAACUCGGAUCACACCCAGCGCCUGAGGACGCUUCGCCGCCAGAGGCUCCGGCCGCUCUGGAGUGCGGGGUGGGCGCCCACCUCCUCCCGCACCAGCGCGCCCAGCCCUGCGUCCGCCGGCCUCCAGCCUCCCGCGACGCCCCGCCAGCCAGCCCUGCGGCCGCGUCGCCCCCAAACCCCGCGAGGCCCACGUACGCGCGGAGACCCUGCCACCCCCUCCCCCACGCCACCGAACCCCCAUCUCCUGCCCCAAACCCCACCUCCCUCCGCCUCCCCUCCACCCCCCACCCCCACCCACGGCAGGCCCACGGAUGCCCUGCAGGGGGCUGGGUUACCUCAAGCACCAGAGGACGUGCUUCAAGAGCUUCUACCCGGUGCCAACCUCGCCAGUCCCUAAGGAACCCACGUGGGAAAGAGGCCUUUCUGCCCUGGCUCCCGCCUGCCUCCCAGCGUGGCCCCGCCAGGGGACCCAGAAGGCGUCCUGGGCUACUAGGGAGGGCCUGGGGCAUCUGGCAGAGCCCAGAGACCUGGAAAGUCCCCGCCUGAACAAGGCCGGGGGGCACAUGAGCCCUGUCAGUGGUUCCAAGGGCUUUCACCAAGCUCUUCCUUCCCAAGUCCAAUGCUGGGCCUGUCAUUUUAGGAAAUGAUGUUUCCCGUUUAUUGAGAGUUUACUCUGUGCCAGGCAUUGUGAUUUACAGCGAUGAUCUCAUUUAAUCCUUACAGCAUCCCAGUGACACUGGUCUUCUCAUUAUCAGCGUUUUACAGAUGGAGAAACUAGGUCUCAGAGAGGUUAAGGGACCUGCCCAACGUCACACAGCCAGUAGGUAGCAGAACCAGCAUCCAGUCCCAGGUCUGCCUUCCUGAUUCCACAGCCCCCCUGCUGCAGUGCCUCUGUUCCUACAAGAGUUAAAGGCGCAGCUUGACCCAGCAUCCAUUUAAUCCAUUUUUCUCAUGGUAAUUACAUAACACUUUGUGUACUAAAAUGAGCAGAUACUUUCUGGAAUGAGAUUGCGAUAAAACUUGAGCCUUCAGAUGUUUCACAUUAAGACCAAUGCUUCAGGCACAGCCCAUGGAUCCCUGAAGUAACCUCUUCUCAGACCUCUGCCUUUAGAGGGCUGUUGGCCAAGGAAGCUCUACUCCAGGACCUGCUCCUAUGCAGAAACUUCCUGGAAGCCAGGAAAGAUGGCCUCUCCAUAGUUUGCCAUCCCACUGGGCUGCUCAGGAAGUCCAUCCAGUUCCUCUGGGCUGGGUAUCCAAUUUCCCAACAGAUAAUCAUCUUCAGGAUUUGGAAAUGAAAAACUGAAAUUCUUGGAAAUUCCUGAAAUCAUUCAUACUAGUCUGUAUUUUUCAUAACGUUCUGUAUUUUUUAAAUAAAUAAGAGUAGUUACAAAGAACUGUAGGCUAUAGCAAAUAUUUUUAAAAAACAAACAAACAAAAAAUACCAGAGAAUAUUAUUGGUAACAUAUGAAUAACGAAAUGUUUAAAUCUUCAACAAGAUAACUGUACCACACAGCAUUGUGUGUUGAAAUUGCCCAUUGGAGGACCAGUUUAUUUCCAAAAUUUGAUUCUUGGAAUAUCACUCAUAGGAUUUGUACAAGAUAUAUGAUGCAUGUAAACAGAUUAAUAUUCUGUCUGUGAAAAUGACUGUUUACAACUGAUAGGGCCACAGAUCCACUUGUGAUAUGGCAACAGCUAUGAAAAAGAGUGAUUAGACUGUGACCACUUCUUCUUUUUUUUUUAAACAAAUAUUUAUUUAAGUAAUCUCUACACCCACUGUGGAGCUCGAACUCACAAAGCUGAGCUCAAGAGUCACACACUCCUCUGACAGAGCCAGACAGGCACCCCCACUUCUCUCCUCCUGACCCAAGUUCCCAACAUGUCUACCUUAGUCUUGGACUCCAUUAUCUCAGCAUUUCCUUCUCAUGCUUUCUACUUGAUGUCAGUGAUUCCUUCAUACCAGGAAUGCCUCUAUGUUUAUUGUUAAGCAUGAAUUCUCACAAGAGAAUUAUAACACUUUUCCUAUUUUCCCAGUCUCUUGACUGAUGGGUCCUGGGAUUCAGAAAAACAUAAAUUUCCCAGAAAAAUGUCAGGAAGGACUUCUGGUUUAGAAAUACUAUUCUGGGCUGAACAGGAUUGCCAAAGCAAGGCUGCUACAGAAAUAAUUACCUAGUACCUCAUCAGACCCAGUCACUGAUGCUUCCUGGUUUCAGGGGCUUCAGAGCCAGAAGAUCCAAUUGUGGAUCUCAACUCUGCCAGUUCCUGAGUGUGAGACUUUGGGCAAGUCACUUUACCUCUCCGAGCUUCCAUUUAAUGGAUAAGCUAGUGCCCGGAAAUAAUAUACUUGUUUUGUGAGGCGAUAUUGUAGAAGGGUUAAAAGUGUGGUCUGAGGUUUGAAUCCGUUACUCACUACCUCUUUGAUUUGGGGCAACUUCUCGCCACUCUGACCCCAUUUUUCUCCUCUGUAAAAUGGAAAAGCUGAGCCCACUUCUUAGGAUCUGGGUGAGUUUAAAUGAGAUCAUGUAUGAAAAUGCUUCACACAGAGCAUGGUAACAGUGUAAAUGGUUGAUAAACGUGGACCAGAGUAGUUAUUACCUGCUGUAUCUACCUCACGGGGCCGUUGUGAGGACGAAAGGGACGUUAUGGUGUGCAGUUGCUUUCUAAGCUGUGAAGAGGUGUCCACACUCUUCUCUUUCCUUCAGAGACGGGAUGGUCAGAAGUUACUGGCUCACACUAGAGCGAUCUCCAAGUCAGAGACCUGGGGAUACUUCCUGAGAUCCACGGAAGGUAGUUGUGUUGAGGAAGAGGUGUCCCCAUGGUUACCCGAAAAACAGGGUUUAGUUGCAACCAAGUGGGCAAACUUGGGGCACAUUUGGGGGGUGGGGGGCACAGAUGAUUUUCAGAAAGAGGCUUUGGAGAAAGGACUGUGUUAAAUGGAGCCUGCCCACUGUAGGUCUGUUUAAUAGGGAUUGGAUCAGGGGAAGGGGACAUGGCCUAGAAGGUGGCAAGGGGGCUCUUUGACUGUUGUCUGAAGCCCCUCAUUGGCUAAACCUCAGAAACAAUUCUGUUAGCCAGAAGCAGUGCAUCCUGUCCCUGCUGUGCAUGACCUGUGAUGCUUAUUCAUCCCUAGACUGUAGACCAAACAUGGAUCAAAGGGCUUUCCAGAGAUGAGCUUCUGCAAUCCUGACGGCAGCCUGGGAAAGUGAAUAGUAGCCUUACUCCCGUUCUGAAGACAGGGGCUUGGAGUCUGGGAAAGUUAAGUCCAUGGCCCAAGGUCAUAAAGCCUAACCGUGGUUGAGUCAAGAUUCGUCUUGUCUUGAAACGAGAGUCCAAGCCCUUAGUCCCCACCAGACCACCUCAACUCAUGAGAUGCCAGAUGCUGAGCUCGAACAAGGAAAAAGGAAACACAAAUGUAUGGAGUUCAGCGCCUACCUGGCUUCCUCUCUUGUCUUCUGUGACAUCUCUUUCUCUCUCUCUCUCCCCUGAUAACACUCCUACUUUCCCAGACACUGUUUAUUUGCCGCCAGAGACACUUUUCUGCGUAGCCCUUAAGUCUGGCUCCUCCGGACCCCAUUCUUUGGACUCUUUUCUCUUUCUUUUGCACAGACAGGUCCGUGAGAGAUCUCCUGUUGCCCACAGUUUGGGCUGUCGGCCACCUCUCCAAUCCAAACUGCCCCUCUGAGCACCAGCCCAGUCCAGCCAAAUGCCUCCUUGACAUCCCCCUUGGAGUUUCCAUGCUCUCAGCUGAAUUCAUCAUCCCUCCCUUAGCAUAAGUCUCCCCCGGAGUUUCCCUUCUUCCUUACCAUGGCCUCUUAGUUUCAAGUACUGGGGUUAGCGAUAGGGAAUCCAAGAAGCCCGUGUAGACGCAACCUCAUGAAUCCAUUCCUGUAGCUAGACGUGGAUGUAGGGUGUGUUCUCUGACAGCUGCCAACAAUUUGGGGGUGAACUUGGAGGGUAGAAGACAUCAUUUAAUCUGCUGUGUCCUAAGUGCCCGGCAGUGUGCUAGGUCCAGUAGCUGAAACAGAUGGGAUCCUUGGCUUUUGGAAGCUUUCAGGCUACUAGAGAAGAUGGGCAUGAGGAAUCCUCCCCAAAUACGAAUUCUUACAAACUGUGAUAAGUAUCAUGAAGGAAAAGUUUAGGGAGCUAUGAAAGAAUAUACUCGGUCUGUAUUAGGUUGGAGUGGGGGGUCGAAGGCCAUUUUGAGAAAUGAUAAUUACUAUAUCCCUGAGUACUUGAGUUGGGGGAAGAAAAUUCCAUACAGAGGCAAUAGUAGGUGUGUGCAUGAAGUCCCAGAGGUGGGCAAGAACUUGGUAUGUUUGGGAACCCAGAAGGCAGCCAUAUCAAAGGAGCUGAGUAUGCUGCCUAUGAUGACGAGUCAGGAUGAGAUGGCACAGGCUGGCUGGGGGUGGUAGCAUGUACCUCGUGGGCCAUGGUAAGGAGCCUGGAUUUUUUUGGUUUAACUUUUUAUUUGGAAAUAAUUUCAAAGUUAAGGAAAAGUGAAUAGUAUAAUGGACAUUUGUCUGCCCUCUAUCCUGAAUUCACCUGUUAAAAUUAAGAAAGUUAAUUCUUUCUCUAUAUGAAGUGUUACAGGUAACUUAUUCUGAACUACUGGAGAAUAAGUUGCACACAUCACACUCUUUCAUGCCUAAACAGUUACAGUGUAUGUAAGAACCCUUAUCCACUUCACUAAAUUUAACAUUAAUGCAACACAGUAUCUCAUUUACCACCCAUUUUGUCAAUUACCUCAAUAAUGUUCUUUGCAUAGCAUUUUCCCUCUGGUCCAGGAUCCAGUCUAGAAGUGAAGUGAAGCAUUCCACUGUCAUUUCUCUGUAGUCUCCUUUAAUCUGGAAUAGUUGGCUUUGUCUUUUAUGACAUUGACAUGAUGGAAAAAUUCGGUUUUCCCUGUUAAGAGAGUAUUUCAUUUUGGGGUUUGUCCUCUGUUUCUUCAUCACGCUUCCUGCUGGAAGAUGACAUGAACAUUAUUUUCUCUUUCCCGGUGAGACAACAAAAGGCACACAUUGUCUAUCUCCUCCACCUUGGUGAUUUAAAUAUUGUCCUAUUAAGUUAUUGUCCUAAUAAGUUAUUGUUUUUCUCUUGUCACUGAUAAGCAGUCAUGGAGAUAGUUCCAACCAUGCAGAUAUCCUCUUCCAGAGCUUACUAAAUAGAUGAGAUUUAACAUUCAGCAAGGCUUCUUGCCUGAAGCAAAUCAGUGUCAGGAGGGUUAGAAAAUGACUUCAGCUCUCUCUGCCCUUGACAUUCUUUUGCCUAUUUAUUUAUACAUUUAUUUUAUUAGCAGGGACUUUUGGGUUUCUGCUAUUUUCCAGUAAUUUUGGUUAUUAACCUUCAUUAUCUUGGUGCUCAAAUUACCCCAGAUUCAGCCAGUGGGAGCCUCUUAAAACUAGAAGCCUGGAUUCUAUCCCAGCUUUGGUGGACUGGCAGGGUUCGCUUUGCGUGUUUUAGACUCUGUGUGAAUGCAUUGUGCGGAGAACAGAGGAGGAAGCAGGGAGACCUGACAGGUGGCUCUUGUGUAGUCCAGGUGGGCGAUGUGUCUUAGACCAAGGAAUUAAUUUGGGUGUUCAAGAAAAUUUAGCGAUACAGUCAGCAGGAACUCGUGAUUCAGGGAAUGUGCGAGCAGUCAGAGAGGGAUUGGCCAAAGUAGUUGGAGGAAUGGUGGAGAUAUUUACAGACCUGGGGAAGACACGCAGAGUAAGGGGGUCAGGUGGGAUGGGUAUUUUAGACAGCUGAAUUUGAGAUGUCUUUGACAUCCAAGUGAAGAUGUCAAGUAGUGAUUAGAUCUAUUUUGUUCUGGAGAGAAGUUCAGACCAGAAGACAUUUUAGGAGAUGUCACAUAUUAAUGAUUUUUGAGACCGUGGUCCUGGAUGAAAUGCUGUAAGGGGAGAAUACGUAGUGAAGGGGGGGCAGACUGGGAAUUCUAAGGUCAGUCGCUGUUUGGGGGCAUGGGUGUGUGUGGCAGCAGAUGGCAAUGGAGAGAUGGGGGGCCAGGCCCUGUGGAACCUGCAAUGUCAGGCCAAAUUCUGAGGGCUCCAGGGAGCCACUGAUGGGUUCUGAGUAGGGGAGGUUCUGAUCUGAGUUUGAGAAAGAUUGUUCUGACAGCCGAGUAAGGAUGAUUUGGAGAGUCACGGCAGUGGCUAAUGCUAUGCUUCUUUCUAAAAUAAAUCUAUCCUCUUGCCACUGGAGAUUGCUCAGAUGGAUCCGUGUAUCUGGGAUGCCCUCUUCUUAUUCACCUGGGCACAAAAAAGAUGAUCAACACAUCUGCCUCAGCUGCACGUAUCAGCCCCUGGUAAUGACAGCAGCCCCCAUCGCCCUUCCUCGCUUUAGCUGGGGAUGCACAGCUUGCUUCUGGGAUCUUUUCUCAGCCAGGAGCAUCAUAGGUAGGAGUGCGCAUGAGCUGGUCCCUGAGGCCUGUGGGAGUCUGGCCACUGUGAGCCUCUGCCCUCAUGUACUUUAAGUUCAGCGUAGUCUCUGCCAGCCAGGUAAUCACCCAUCCAAAGUCUGUUGUCCCCUCCGCACUCCUGCACGUGCUGAGGAAAAUGGGUUGAGUCUGAAUGAACAUCCUAGAGCACCCUUCACUUAACUAGGGUGGUGCUGUGCAGGGGACCCUCAGUUCUGUCUAGAGGAUGUCGACAAGCCCAUCGGAGACACAAAUAAGCAAAGGCAGAAUAUCAAUUCACCAAGAGGGAGGGUCAGAUGUUCUGGGAGCCCGGGAAAGGCAAGAGUGUUACUAGUGGGAAAUGAGGGAAGGUUCCAUUUGAACCAGGAGAAGGUGGCAUUUGAAGGUGGCAUCUGAACCAGACCUUAAGGGCAGAGAGGAUUAUUUUCCAUUUCACAAAGGAAAUAUUUGAUUAUCCAAGCAGAAAAGAAAACUAAGGGGGAAAAAAUCAUUGCCCACACAGUCAUUGUUGGUUAUGUACAAAUCCCAUUAGGCAGCUACUUUUUGUUCGUCCUCUUACUGUUGGAAUAAUUCAUUUCCAGGCCUCAGGACAUUGGCUUGGAGCCUGUGGCUGGGCAGGGAGGGAUAGAAGCAAGCCCGGGACCAAAUGCAACUCAGGAAUCAGUGCUUCGAGCCCAUCCACUCGUUCCUUCAUUCAGCAAACGUUUAUUCAGGACUCACGUCUCCCAGGCCCUGAGGAUACAAUGACGAUCAGAACAUAGUUCCUGUUGUAAAGACCUCAAGUCUAAUAGAACGGGAACCCCAAGUGGAGAGAAUUUAUUGUAAAGCACGCGAAAAUGCCAAAGGCAGGCUCAUUGUAUAGACUGACGUGGAGACUGUAGCCGGGGGAACGGAUGCCUCAGCGGUAAAGGAGCACACCAGAGCAUGCGCAGUGAGGGGGGGGAUUGAGGACACCUGUCAGAGGACCAAGUUCAAGCAGAGCUCCGGAACAUACCUCUCUGUCCACAGGCUGGAAGGCACAUCUCUCCUACUCUUAAGCUUCUGGGUGUUUUUGUUGUUGUUGUUGUUGUUGUUUUUUCUUUGUUUUUUUUUUUUUGUUUUUGUUUUUUAAUUUCAAGUACUUCCUUUCUCCGAUUUUUUUUAAGGGGGGGCUAUUUUUGUGCUUUUUCCAAAAUCUCAACUUUUGUGGUCCACUCAUUCACUUUAUUUUUCUCUUUUUGACCCUAAAAAGCAUUUAGUGCUGUUAAUUUUACCUCUGCAGAUAGAUUUUACUGUAUCUUAUUUUUAAAAUUAUUUUCUAAAUAGUUUGUUUUUUUACUCUUGAUUUACUUCUUGUCCUAAGAGUAAUUUGGUAGGCUAUUCAUGUUUUUCCAUUUCUAAGUGGAGUGUUUUAUAUUACUGUUAGCUGUAUUGCAUUUGAUCAGAGACUGACUUUUAGAAUUUCCACUUUUCAAAAUUUACCAAAAUAUUCUCUGUAGCUUAAUAUUUGUUGAAUUUUGUCACUGUCCAUGGAACUUGAAUAGAAGGUAUACUAUUUGUUUUCAGGUUGAAAAAAUUUUGUAGGGUCAUAUCUUCUGUGUCUUUAUUUUUUGAUUACUUGUUCAGAAGAUGUGUUAGAAUGUUUCCAAUAAAACUGUUUCUCAUGGUU